CUGUGUCUUUUUCUUUUCUCCUGGUGUGCAUCCACAUCUUGAAAAAAUGUCCUUAGGUACUUUAUUCGGUGAAUCCGAAACCAGAUCUAUCCUUCCUGUCGGUUUAGUCAAGGCCUUCAAGCUUGAUGUUAAGCUCGAAGCUAGAGGUUCUGCCGCUCACAAGGCUGCAGGCUUUUCUACCGAAAAGGUCCCAGCUUUCUUAGGCCCUCACGGUUACAAGUUGCAAGAAUCAGUUGCCGUUUUGUUCUACUUGGUUAACUUGCACGACCCAGAAUCUCCAUUAUUGGGUACUGACUUAGAAACAAAGGCUCAAGUCUUGAAAUACAUCUCAUGGGGUACUGCUGAAUUGAUGGAUCCUCUUACUAACAUCAUCCGUGUCCUGUUGGCUAGAAUUCCAUUCAACAAGAAGCUUCUUGAUACCUCCAACACCGAAGUUGACAACUAUGUUGUUGAAUUGGAAAAGAGACUUGUGAACCACACCUACUUGGUUGGCGAAAGAUUAUCUCUUGCUGACUUGUUCGUUGCUUCCUGUUUCUACAGAUGUUUCACCCUGACCUUCGGUAAGAAGUGGAGAUCUAGCCACCCAGUCUUCAUGAGAUGGUUCAACACUGUUGCUGCCACUGAAUACUUAUCAUACUUCUUCGAUAACGUUAAAUUCAUUGACGAACCAGUCGCACCACCAAAGCCAGCCAAGAAGGAGAAGAAAGACGAACCAAAGAAGGCUGAAAAGAAGGCUGAAAAGCCAGCAGCAGCAGCAGCACCUGAGCCAGCACCUGAGCCAAAGAAGGUGAAACACCCAUUAGCAGAACUCGGUAACCCAACCAUUGCUUUAGAUGAAUGGAAGAGAGUUUACUCCAACAAAGAUACCAGAAAGGAAGCUUUGCCAUACUUCUGGAACACUUUUUACAACGACGAUGAAUGGUCAUUGUGGAGAGUUGACUACAAGUACAACGACGAAUUAACCUUGACUUUCAUGACCAACAACUUGAUUGGUGGUUUCUUCAACAGAUUGACCGGCUCUACCAAGUACAUGUUCGGUUGUGCUGUUGUCUACGGUGAAAACAACAACAACGGUAUUGUUGGUGCUUUCCUUGUCAGAGGUAAGGACUCCGCUCCAGCUUUCAAUGUUGCUCCAGAUUGGGAAUCAUACAGCUACACCAAGUUGGAUGCCUCUAAGCCAGAAGACAAGGCCUUCGUUGACAACAUGUGGGCUUGGGACGAACCAGUCGUUGUUGCCGGUGAAAAGAAGGAGAUUGCUGACGGUAAGGUUUUGAAAUAAGCGUGUAAAUUAAGACCUUUAUAUAUAUAUUACGAUCUAUAGUGUAAAGAAAGAAAAAUAAUAAUAAUUUUUGCCCAAUGU